AUGCCUGGCAAAGAGCUCAGCUGCCAGCUUUUGCAGAGUGCUGAAGGACAGCACCAGUGUGCCACUCACAAGAAAGUCCUCAAGCUCUUUUGUGAAGAUGACCAGAGAGGAGUCUGUGUGAGAUGUUCGCAAAGCCCAGAUCAUGGGGCUCACAUGCUCUUUCCUGUAGAAGAGGCUGCUCACAGAUGCAGGGAGAAGCUCCAGCACAUCCUGAUUCAGGUGAGGAAGAAAGUAGAGGAAGUUGAGACACUUCUUGCUCAGGAGAAGAGACCUGAUUUCAACUGGCAUUGGAUGAUCACAGCAGAAUACUGCAAACUGCAUGAAUUCCUGUUGGAGGAAGAAUCCAGAUUUCUUGAAAGGAUGAAACAAGAGCAAAGGGCAACCCAGGACAGAAUCUCCCAAAAUAUGCAAAGGUUUCAGAAGCUCAUGCUAGAUCUGCAAGAAGCAGGCCACCAGCCCAAUGUGGAAAUGCUACAAGAUGUCAAGCAGUUGCUGGGAAGGAAUGAGUCAGUGUUGUCCCAAAGAGCUAAGGCUAUCACCCCACUGAUGAGAGAAUAUGCCAUUCCUGUCAUGAGAGAGAUGUGGAGACAAUUCAGAGUGGACAUCACAAUGGAUCCUAAAUCAUCCUGUUCCUAUGUGACUGUUUCUGAUGACCUGAAGAGUGUGAAGGCUGGAGAAGGCUGGCAGGUGGACAUCGAGAAUUCUGAAAACUUUCCUUGCCAUAGCUUGCUUGGUAAGCAGGCCUUCAGCUCAGGCAGACAGUACUGGGAGGUGGAUGUGAGUCAACUACCUCAGUGGAUCCUGGAGAUCUAUACCCCUUAUUUGAGAAGAAAAAGGGGCAGGAAUGUGAACUCCUAUGCCUCUGUCUUCCUGCUUCAAUGUGUCAAGAAAGAAGAUAAUUACUAUUUGCAAACCUAUCCUGAAUCAUAA